CACAUUUUCUCUCAGAUUCUCUAUCAUCAUUGUGCUUCCUCAGUUUUCCACUCAGUUUUUUUGUUGCUCCAGUUUUUCCAAGCUUAAGGCUACUCAUCAUUCUUUUGUACAAAUUAUUUGUCUCAUUCACCUUCACCAUUAUACAUCUCCAUUCUCCAUCCUUUUUAAUCUCCUUCUUUACCAUUUCAUAUAUAUUGCCAUUUGCACUUGUCCUUUCCCAUCCCUUUCUCUCUGAACUCUUUGUUGUUUUCAUCCCGGUCUCAUCUCCACUUCACUUCACUGCCUCUCAGUUCUUUUGUUUUUAUGUUCUUUCUUCAAUGGAGGCUGAGGCACUUUACAGUUUCAGAGCGACUGAAUGUGAUGAGAUCAGUUUCCAGAAGGGUGACAUCUUGAAGGUGACAAACAUGGAUGAUGAUCCGAACUGGUAUACGGCUGAGCUGUUUGGUAGGCGGGGCUAUGUACCGAAGAACUAUAUCAAUGUAAGACCUCACACGUGGUUUGUGGGUGGAAUUUCACGACAGGCCGCAGAAAACCGUCUGAGACCACUGGAGUGUGGAGCGUUUCUCAUUAGGGAGAGCGAGAGCACACCGGGAGAGUUCUCUGUGUCUGUCAGUUACGGGGACCACGUGCAGCACUUUAAGGUUUUGAAAGAUGGACUAGGGCAGUUCUUCAUAUGGGAUGAAGUCUUCAGCUCCCUCAACCAGCUGGUGGACUUCUACAAAAUCAACAGCAUUGCCAAAGAGAGAACUGUCUUCCUGAAAGAGCCUGAGGGAUCAUUAGCUAGGCCACGUCAUGCCCAUGCCCUCUUUGACUUCACAUCUAAUCAUGCGACUCAUCUACGUUUCUUGCGCGGUGAUGUCAUCGACCUGCUCGACUGUUCGGAUGCUCAGUGCUGGAGGGGGCGGUGCCGUGGAAGAGUGGGCGUAUUUCCACCAGAGUAUGUGCAGCCAAUUUAUCACUGAAUUUCAGCUAUGUGUGUCACCACCCUGUACAGUUAAACAAACUGGAUGAGAGCCCAAGACAUAUUCAUCAGUCACACAUAUUCUUCAUAAAUCUGAAGGUAAACUAAACCUUAUUCAUCGAUGUUUGGUGCAUUAAAGUUUUUAAGGUUUGAAUUUAACCUUUGCCCAUCAUCUUUUUUGUUGACCACUUUGAGAAGGCGAAUUAGAAAUCAGUUAUAAAUUGUGAGCAAACCAGUUUUUGUAACACCUUUAGUGAACAUAAACAGUUGCUUCCUGUUUAUUCUUCUUUCAAAUAUUUUAAAGUCAUUUCAAAUAAAGGUAUGAUAAUAUAAUUGGUGUAUCAACCUUGAACAUAAUGUUUUAUAUUGAGGCAUUAUCAUGUUUUUUUUUCUUUUCUUUUUUUAAGCAGAAGUGAGCCAGACCUACUAUAUAUGUAUUUUAUUCAGUAUAAAGUUCUACAGUCAUGAGCAUGGGAAAUGUUAUUUUUAUUUUAUUAUUUAUUUUCUUUAUUGUGCUUAUGCUAUAAACAUAACUUUGAGUAUUACUUAUAAUAAUUUUUGUGAUUUCAAAAAUGUAUUUAUUUCUGUGAAAAUACUUUCUCCAGUCCCAAAUUAAUAUGCAGAGACAACUUUAAAUCAUUUGCAUGUUGAUUUCUCUUUAAACACUGUGGCUUCGUGGUGCUAUCAAAACAUUUGCUCAACCAGUGAUGUAAGUUUGGGAUGGGGCUAUCAUUUCAUCCAAAGGCAGAUUGGGUGAGUGUCUAGGAUGCCUGUCACAAUUAUUUUUGUAAUUCUGUUUAAUGUCACAGAAAUUACACACUUCACCUUUUUUUAAUUAUUAUUAUUACUAGUUAGAUUUAAUUUUUUUACUGUAAUGUUGAAAUCAUGACCAUAGCUAAUUUAAUUUAGACCUCUAGUAAUUAUUAUGAAUUGCUAAUUUAGUUUCCUAAACAAUCAUUGCAAAAAAUAAUUGAAAAAAAUAAUAAUUUAUGUUGUAAAAUACAGAGGUAAUUAUAAAAAGU